AAAAGAUCCGUUGCGUUCAACUUGGCUUGAUUUAAUACAAGUUUAAAUAAUAACAUAACACUUUGCGCAAUACUAUUGAUGGCAUUGGAUUGGCAUAGAAAACAUGUCACUGAGGAUCUCAAGUGGCCAGAAGAUCCUCUGAAAACUCCAGGCUCUGCCUCUCCUCUUUGAUAUAAAUAUGAACCUCCUUCGUCGGCUUCGUCGUCGAUAAGAAUUGAUCGAAGCUCUCAGUACAAUCAGCUCUCUUCUUCAAAAGCCGUGAUACAUAAAAAAACAGCAGCAUUGUCAUCAAUUUUCCUCAAAAACAUCCGAAAUGUCGCUCAUUCGAAGCCUCUUCGGUGGCCGACGGGGCAACGUGUUCGACCCAUAUUCCCUGGACGUUUGGGAUCCCUUCGUAGGCUUGGCUUUCACAGACGCUAGUCUGGCCAACGUCCCAAAUACAGCAAGCGAGACAUAUGCAUUUGCUAGGCCCCGCAUUGAUUGGAAAGAGACCCCGGAAGCUCACGUCUACAAAGCCGAUCUUUCGGGGCUGAGGAAGGAGGAAGUGAAGGUGGAAGUUGAGGAAUGCCGGGUGUUGCAGAUUAGCGGAGAGAGGAGGCGGGAGCAAGAGGAGAAGAAUGACAAGUGGCAGAUGGUAGAGAGGAGGAGCGGGAGAUUCGGGCGCAGGUUCAGGCUGCCGGAGAAUGCCAAGGCGGAUCAGGUGAGGGCUAGCAUGGAGAAUGGUGUGCUCACCGUCACUGUGCCGAAAGAGGAAGCGAAGAAGCCUGAGGUCAAGGCCAUUGAGAUCUCUGGCUAAAUGCUUUUAGAUGGCUAAGCCUAGUGGAAGUUUGUCUUUGUCUUGAAAUGGUUGAGAUGUCUCCGUCUGCCUGCAUGACUGUGGUUGCUGCAUGGAUGAUGAUGAAUUUUGUUUAAUGAGUCGCGAGUGAGUAGGCUUUGGUUUGUUUUGAAAUGAAGCAUCGAUAAAUACUCAAUUCUUGCCACCGUCUUCUAAUGAGUAGGCUAAAUGAACUCAACUUGGAAUGGAUUCUACCUGCAGCCAAAAGAAUGGAGUGAUUGUGAUGCUGAAUUAGGAAUUUAAAGGAGGUUCUUGACAUUUUAAACCUUCUUCUCAAGAUCUGCAAGUGUUUGUAGCAGCGAUUGAUUUCAGAAUUUUCACAACACAGAAACAAUUCACUGGAUGAAUUACGGCUUCCUCCUAGCCAAGACCUUGUCAUCGUAGAUUGCGUGAAUUGCUUUCCUCCGUAAACAGUCAAUUCGAGAAUCAGACUGAACGCUCAAACCCAUAUUUUCUCUAGUAUCCAACGGUAAUUUGAUGCUCUGUUCUCGGCGAGUUCAUUUAGCUGCCAGCCAAUUGGCUAAUCUCUUUCACCUGCUUCUUUAGAGCAUGAAUGACGGUAUUAUAGCAGAAUAAAUCAAUUGUGGGUGAAAGACAUUCAGGGCGCCGUAAGUACAUUUGCUGAUUACCCCGCCAUCAAUCAUUCUGUUUCUUCUUCACAUCCCGUCUUGUCAAUCAAUAGCAGGCUAGAGAUGCAAAUACACUCUCCCUCUUUUACGCCAACUCCAAAUUUUACUAGUGGAAAGUCUUACUACCAGAAUAUGCUGUCAAAACUAUCGUAAACAGUUUUGUCAAUGGCCACACAAGUUUUAUUCAUCUUUCGGCCGGUAUAAAUCCAAAGUCCAAAACCCAACAUCAAAAUCAAAAUUUAAAAAAAAAAAUAAUAAUCAAUUAUUAACAAAUUAG